GAUGAUCCUUCUCUUCGUUUGCAUGGCGCUCUUCUGCAUGGGCCUGACAACCUACCGAUUCAUGAAAUCAGAGGAGGAUUGCACGUCUGGCCGGAGAUUGAUCGACAGCUCGGUGUUGAUCAUGACGACGGCUGUGUCGUUGAGUUUUUUCUCCUACCUCAGGCCCUUGCACGGCCUGUCCUUCACCCCUGUCUUCAGACAGAUCCAGCAGGCCACCAGAUAUGUCAUCAAGGCCUGGCACCCGCCCAACAUGCUCUACGUCACUGACGGCGGGGUUCAGGACUGCACCGCCAUCACGCAGUUGCUGCAGAGGAGGUGCGAGGUGAUUAUGCUGGUGCUCGCUGCCAGUGAUCCAACCGAUGAUCUCGCUGUGCUGCGCACCACCAUGGAGGCAGUGCAGAACAAGCUCAAGUUGGCGUCCUUCUACGAUCUGCAGGAUCCGAGAAGGAACGUCUUUGCGAUGCUGGAUGACUACAAGCAGAACUCAUCGGCGCACUCUUUCAAGAUGGGCAUCAGAUAUGGCUGGAACGAGGUGGAGACCCCGAGCUUCGGGACCCUCUGGGUCGUGAAGAACCGCCUGCCUGAUGACUUCCUGAAUCAAACGGUCCAGCCGCACUUGCGCGAGGAGGAGAUCAUGUAUAACACGCCCAGCCCAAAGAGCUGGAACGGCUGUUCGGGCGACAGCAGUGCGUCAGAGGAUAACGAGGUACUGGAGGAGCUGCUGGACAUGCAGACGGAGGAUCUGGGCGGACUGGGCUGCUGCGACUGCUGCCACCGCUGGGGCAACUGCGGGCGGAAGUUCCCACACCUCACCUUCACUGGUGGCUUGGCAGAGCUGGUGGACUGA